AUGCUGGUAAUGUACCUCACCAUGCUGGUAAUGUCCCUCACCAUGCUGGUAAUGUCCCUCACCAUGCUGGUAAGGUCCCUCACCAUGCUGGUAAUGUCCCUCACCAAGCUGGUAAUGUCCCUCACCAUGCUGGUAAUGUCCCUCACCAUGCUGGUAAUGUACCUCACCAUGCUGGUAAUGUUCCUCACCAAGCUGGUAAUGUCCCUCACCAUGCUGGUAAUGUCCCUCUCUAUGCUGGUAAUGUCCCUCACCAUGCUGGUAAUGUACCUCACCAUGCUGGUAAUGUCCCUAACCAUGCUGGUAAUGUCCCUCACCAUGCUGGUAAUGUACCUCACCAUGCUGGUAAUGUCCCUCACCAUGCAGGUAAUGUACCUCACCAUGCUGGUAAUGUACCUCACCAUGCUGGUAAUGUACCUCACCAUGCUGGUAAUGUACCUCACCAUGCUGGUAAUGUCCCUCACCAUGCUGGUAAUGUACCUCACCAUGCUGGUAAUGUCCUUCACCAUGCUGGUAAUGUACCUCACCAAGCUGUUAAUGUACCUCACCAUGCUGGUAAUGUUCCUCACCAAGCUGGUAAUGUCCCUCACCAUGCUGGUAAUGUACCUCACCAAGCUGGUAAUGUUCCUCACCAAGCUGGUAAUGUCCCUCACCAUGCUGGUAAUGUACCUCACCAUGCUGGUAAUGUCCCUCACCAUGCUGGUAAUGUCCCUCACCAUGCUGGUAAUGUACCUCACCAAGCUGGUAAUGUACCUCACCAUGCUGGUAAUGUCCCUCACCAAGCUGGUAAUGUACCUCACCAUGCUGGUAAUGUACCUCACCAUGCUGGUAAUGUACCUCACCAUGCUGGUAAUGUCCCUCACCAUGCUGGUAAUGUCCCUCACCAUGCUGGUAAGGUCCCUCACCAUGCUGGUAAUGUCCCUCACCAUGCUGGUAAUGUACCUCACCAUGCUGGUAAUGUACCUCACCAUGCUGGUAAUGUCCCUCACCAUGCUGGUAAUGUACCUCACCAUGCUGGUAAUGUCCCUCUCUAUGCUGGUAAUGUACCUCAACAUGCUGGUAAGGUCCCUCACAGUAGUGGAAAUGGCCCCAUAG